CGCAAUUCACUUGCGCCGACCGAGUACUCGUCCAGACAUGGAAGACAACGCAUUGCCGGCGUUAGAUCCCGGGAUCUAUAUCAUGCGAAACGUCAAGAGUGACUCCAUGAUGGACUUGUCCGGCGGAGACAACAAGAGCAUCAUCGGAUUUCCGCGACACGGGCUUGAGAACCAGCAGUGGGAGUUUGGUAAUCUCGGGGAAGGCUGGUACAUUCGAAGUGUGCAUACAGGAAGCUACCUUAACAUUGAGAGUGGGCUGGAGGAUGGCUUUCCCGUUGUGGCGAAUGGGUUCCCUGCCUCGUGGGUAGUUGAAAACGAACCGGGAGAAGAGAAGGAUGUCUUUCGUCGAGUGGCUUCUCAAUUCGACCCACACCCACUGCUAGGAUCUCAUGGCCGAACACACGGUAAACCUUUGGUCUCGAAUUUCUGGAGCGCGCCAUCAGUUGUGGCAACUGGAGCGGUGUCCAGAGCAAGAAAAGAAACUGGCAGAAGUGGCCACAUUCACGGAAACAAAUACCCCCGAAACGACUACAACUACGACCACAACGACAACGGUGACUACUACGACUGUGGUGACAAGGAGAGUUUAUUUUAUCGGCCACGCGUGAAACAAGCGAAAGCUCAGCGCCCGAACAUCGGCCUCGACAACUUUCGACGAAAAGCUGCCGCGACGGCAUUCGAUGGUCGAGACUCUGAAAGCAGAAAUUCUAUCUGGAUUUACAUGGAUCACCGGCUAAUCGCCGCGGUGACAAGAGACCUUAUGACCCGAGUCGUAAAUGCAUUGACACAGAUCCAGUCAGAUUUAGACAUGUUUAUGAAGGGAUGUAACAUUGCUGCUAUACGCACGCUUCGACUAAUAUUGCAGAAGGCCCAACCAAUCUUCGAUCGUCCCUCUUUCGAUCCAGAUGCAACCUUGAAUGCGCACUAUCUCCUGUGA